GAUACAGCGUGUGUGCUGAGGAAGCAGGACAGAUAAAGCACAGCUCGUGUUUCUGGGAAUCCUUACCCCACGGUUGCUGGGGAAGUGUUGUGCUCCCGGCCAUGGGCAGAUAAGAUGUUGGGCUUCUUGUCGUGCUGAAGCACAGGGCUGGCUCAUGAGAAGCUGCCAGCAGGACUUGACGAUUUGGGAGACCCAAAUCUUCGGCAGGACGUUGCUCAGUUUCUUUCUAAGUCUGUACACUGUCUGACAGCUGCUAAGCCAUAUUUUAAGUUGUGAAUGAGCACAUUUUGUACUGGUUUCAUUGGCUGAGGAUAAGUGACGCUGUCAGAAUUGCUCACGGCUGAAUUUAGAGCCAGCCAAGAGUCAGAAUGACAGGAGGCUGAGGCCUUGGUGUCCACAGCAGCUACGGACCAUGGCUGUGUGAGCACCCUCCGGGCUGUUCUACUGGUGUGUUUCUCUGCUGACCUGCUGGAAAAACUCCCUGACUGGAACUGAGCUCUGGAAAAACAAAGUGGAUCUUGGAGCAUGUGGCCUGAGGAUCGCCUUGCAGAGCCAGGGGUGGUAGCUCAGAAGUGAGCAGGAUGCCCCCAGGCAUUUACUGCCCUAUGGAAUUCUGGUCUAAGGGGGAAAACCAAAACAUCCAGGUGGACUUUCUGCUGCCCACAGGCAUAUACUUAAACCUCUCCGUGUCCUGCAAUGCCAGCUUGGGCACCAUCAAGCAGGUGGUGUGGAAACACGCUCAGUAUGAGCCGCUCUACCACAUGCUCAGUGAUCCCGAGGCCUAUGUCUUCACGUGCAUCAACCAGACGGCAGAACAGCAAGAGCUGGAGGACGAGCAGCGGCGGCUUUGUGACAUCCAGCCCUUCCUACCCGUACUGCGGCUUGUGGCUCGAGAAGGUGACAGAGUCAAGAAGGUUAUUAACUCCCAGAUCAGCCUACUCAUUGGGAAAGGUUUGCACGAGUUCGACUCUGUGCAGGAUCCAGAGGUGAACGAUUUCCGCACCAAAAUGUGCCAGUUCUGCGAGGAGAGAGCAGCAAAGCGGCAGCAGCUCAGCUGGGCAGCUUGGAUGGAGUACAACUUCCCCUUGCAGCUGGAGCCCAUGGCCAAAGCCUUGGGCACUGGUCCUCUCCAUACCCCCACCAAGAACAUUUUUGUCAACGUCAAGUUUCAGUCUGGCGGGGAGAGCUUCACUUUCCAGAUCUCCCCAAAGGAGUUCCCCAUCACGUUAAUGAGCUAUGCUAUCAAGAAGCAGGCUACUGUCUUCCGCCACGAGACACUGGAGAACCCCGAGGACUACACCCUGCAGGUGAAUGGGAAAUGCGAGUACCUCUAUGGAAACUACCCUCUGUACCAGUUCCAGUAUAUUCGCAGCUGCCUGCACCGAGGCCUCACGCCCCACCUGACCAUGGUUCACUCCUCCACCAUCAUUGCCAUGAGAGAUGAGCAAACCAACUGCAUUGCCAGCCCCCCGAAGAUGCCUGUCAAGCCUCCCCCGCUCCCUAAGAAAAAGCCAAACUAUGGUUCUCUCUGGUCCUUGGAGCAGCCUUUCUACAUUGAACUGGUACAAGGCAGCAAGGUCAAUGCAGAUGAGAGGAUGAAGCUGGUGGUGCAAGCAGGUCUCUUUCACGGCAAUGAGAUGCUGUGCAAGACAGUGUCAAGCUCUGAAGUGAACGUCUGUUCAGAACCGGUGUGGAGGCAGCGCCUGGAUUUUGAUAUUAACAUCUGUGAUCUUCCCCGUAUGGCUCGGCUCUGCUUUGCCCUCUAUGCUGUCAUCGAGAAGGCAAAGAAGGCACGUUCCACCAAGAAGAAGUCCAAGAAAGCUGACUGCCCGAUCGCCUGGGUGAACGUCAUGCUCUUUGACUACAAGGACCAGCUGAAAACAGGGGAGUGCUGUUUGCACAUGUGGUCCUCCUUUCCAGAUGAGAAAGGGGAACUUCUGAACCCCAUGGGCACGGUGCAGUGCAAUCCCAACACAGAAAGUGCAGCAGCCCUGGUCAUCUGUUUCCCCAGCGUUGCAUCACACCCCGUGUAUUACCCGUCAUUUGAGCAGCUGCUGGAGUUGGGGAGGAAUGGAGAACCACCCCGUGCUGCACCAGAGGAUCCUGAGGAGAAGCUGCAGCUGAAGGAGAUCCUGGAGCGGAGGAGCCACACUGAACUAUAUGAGCACGAGAAAGACCUGGUGUGGAAGAUGAGAUACGAUAUCCGCGACCAGUACCCGCAAGCUUUAGCGAAGCUGCUCAUCAUCACCAAAUGGAACAAGCAUGAAGAUGUUGCCCAGAUGAUUUCCCUGCUCCAGACCUGGCCAGAGCUGCCUGUCCUGAAUGCCUUGGAGCUGCUGGAUUUCAGCUUUCCUGACCGCUAUGUUGGUUCCUUUGCUAUCAACUCAUUAAAGAAGCUGACAGAUCAUGAAUUGUUCCAAUACCUGCUACAGCUCGUCCAGGUGCUUAAGUACGAAUCCUACUUAGACUGUGAAUUAACCAAGUUCCUGCUGGACAGGGCGUUAUCCAACCGCAAGAUUGGCCACUUCCUCUUCUGGCACCUGAGGUCAGAAAUGCACGUUCCUGCAGUUGCCUUGAGGUUUGGCCUGAUCCUGGAAGCAUACUGCCGAGGCAGCACCCACCACAUGAAAGUUUUGAUGAAACAGGGAGAAGCGCUCAACAAGAUGAAAGCUCUGAAUGACUUUGUUAAAGUGAGUUCUCAGAAGGCCACCAAGCCCCAGACCAAGGAGAUGAUGCACGUCUGCAUGAAGCAGGAAACGUAUCUCGAAGCACUUUCCCACCUCCAGUCCCCCCUGAACCCCAACAUUAUCCUCGCAGAAGUCUGUGUGGAUCAGUGCACCUUUAUGGACUCCAAAAUGAAACCUUUAUGGAUUGUGUUUAAUAAUGAAGAGACAGGUGGAGGUGGAGUGGGUAUCAUUUUUAAAAAUGGCGAUGAUCUUCGUCAGGACAUGCUGACCCUGCAGAUGAUCCAGUUGAUGGACAUCCUGUGGAAGCAGGAGGGCCUGGACCUGAGGAUGACCCCUUAUGGCUGCCUCUCCACAGGAGACAAGACGGGGCUGAUCGAGGUGGUCAUGCACUCAGACACCAUCGCCAACAUCCAGCUGAACAAGAGCAACAUGGUGGCCACCGCAGCCUUCAACAAGGACGCGCUGCUGAACUGGCUUAAGUCCAAGAACCCUGGUGAUGCGUUAGAACAAGCUAUAGAGGAGUUCACGCUUUCCUGUGCUGGGUACUGCGUGGCGACCUACGUGCUGGGGAUAGGUGACCGGCACAGCGACAACAUCAUGAUCCGGGAGACCGGCCAGCUGUUCCAUAUUGAUUUUGGUCACUUUUUGGGGAACUUCAAGACUAAAUUUGGUAUUAACAGAGAACGAGUUCCUUUCAUCUUAACCUACGACUUUGUGCAUGUCAUCCAGCAAGGAAAAACUAACAACAAUGAGAAGUUUGAAAGGUUCAGGGGUUAUUGUGAAAGAGCCUACAUGAUCCUGAGGCGCCACGGCCUGCUCUUCCUGCACCUGUUUGCGCUGAUGAAAGCUGCCGGCCUGCCAGAACUCAGCUGCUCCAAGGACAUCCAGUAUCUGAAGGACUCCCUGGCUCUUGGGAAGACAGACGAGGAGGCACUGAAGCACUUCAGGCUGAAGUUUAACGAAGCCCUGCGCGAGAGCUGGAAAACCAAAGUGAACUGGCUGGCGCACAACGUAUCCAAAGACAACAGACAGUAGAGCAGCGCCAGCCCGCGCUCCUGCUGCAGGAGAACGGAGUCUCUGCACCGGGUCCAGCAACCGCAGGCGGGUUGUUAAAGACUGAACGUUGCCGUGUUGAAGGUCCUGCACUCCCCGAGAUCAGACACCUCUGCAUGCCUGAAAGCGUUGGACUCGUCAGCCGUGUAAUCCUGUCUGCGGUAGAUCUUUGGGGGACAAGGGAGAGACGUGAGGCAAUAAAAUUCCUGCAUACAGCGAAAGGUAGGUAGAUGUACUGUAUCCUAAGAACUUGUUAAGCUUCAAAUAAUACAUCUUCAAAUGGAAGAGUUCAGGCAGUUGUAACAUCCAUCCCAUGUGUUUAAGUGUCUGUUCCUAUUUUCUCGAAAGUUCAGCUGAACACUGAGGACCUGCUGUCCCUGUAGCUCUGGUAUAGCUCAGCUCCUAGGGCCCCACCGUUACAGCUCAGAGGCAUUAACUGCACCUCGCGAUUGCUCCCCGUGCCCCGUUUCAGUGUCCGCCGUGGUAGGUCAGCUGAAAUACCACUGAAGCCGACUUGGACAAAUUGUUUUCGUUCACAUUGUGACAGGAUAAAAAUAUCCACGCUGCCAUGCGACUUUCUCUCUGCUAGGGGCCAAAGUGUCCUGAAACUAAACCGGAACCCAAAAAUCCCCUGAUGCCACAAGAACAGGCUUGGACUGGCCGAUGGAGUAGGUGUUUUUGUUUGCUUUCCUAAGUUGGACUUCAGUUGAGCCUCAAGCAAUUGCUGGGUUUCUGCAUUUAUUCUGUUUUUACACCUGAAACAGUAAGAUCGCAUUUUCAAAACGUUGGUUGCUACAUUUCCCUCCUGUUGGGGUGCACCAGAGCUUGUUUGCCACCUGUUUCCCUGCGGUACGUGCACCUACAGCUCCGGAACACCGGGAUGCGACGCUGAAAUUCCCUGAAACACAGAUGGUGCCGUUCUGUGCCCCAGUUAUGUGGCCAGUCUGCCCUGCCAUGCCAGGAGAAGUGUGCGUUCAGCACUGAAACACUCACAGUAAGUUGCAGCUCAGCCCUCAUCUUCUUAGAAAUGUUCUCUUCACACUCUUCCUCAUCUCCACCGCGGUACCCGACUCCUCGGCUGUGAUUAGAGCUGCUGUGCAAGGUCUGUGUGUCUGUCUGGGCUUCAGCUGCUCAUCUCUGUGGUACGGAGAUGCCUCCGUCUCCAUCAUCAUCUCCAUCAUCUCCACCCCACCGCCCACAAGGUGCUCUCAUGAAUCACCUAUUUCUAUUUAUGUGUCAUAUUUGCCCCCAGCUCGUGUCCUCAGCUGGUGAGCAGCUCUGAGCUCUGCUGUUGCACAGGGACAGUGAACAGGAGCCGCAGGUACUUUAAAACUGAAUGUUGCCAUACACUGGCUGUUCAAAUCCACCUUUUUUUUCCUAAGAGGACAAAUGCAAAUGUCUUUGUUCUUCAUCAGCUGCACAGCUAAAUUAACACUGCCUUAAAAAGUAACUUCUGCCCUAAGUAGAAAUGACUAGUAAUAGGUAAGUAACAGCAGGUUUGGUCAGUGAAUGGCAUCAAACACCUUUAGUGAACUCUUCCCUCGUUACCUUUACAAUAAGAUGCUGGCAGAUGAUGAUUCAGUGUCACACUGUUGCUAAUUUAAACUCUAAUUGAAAGUAGUGUUUGUUUUCAUAAAAGAUGUUACACUAUUAAGUCUAUUCUAUACUGUUUUGUAGACAUUAAUAUAAACCCGGUUGCCUCUCCCAGAGCAGCCACUCUAGAGAAAACAACUCAUAUUAACUUCAGUAAUGCUUCAGAUCCCCUUUUUGUCCACCUUUCCAAUGAUACCGUACAUGACCGGGAAGCGGCCAGAACAUUUCAAGGUAGAACAGUAAGAACGCUUCCAAGUGAUCCAAAUUACUUAAUUAACACUUUCCUCUAGAACAGUUCUUCAGCAGAGUUUAAUAAGCAGCUCUGCAAGUGUGUUUGCAGCAAGGAAUUGUGUUUGCUGCACUGUCUCUGCAUCCCAGGCCCUAUUUAGUUCGUUAGCACAUCUGUGUGUGCCCAGGACACCGGGAAAAUGAGCAGAUUAAUGUGUCCACACUGACCUGCAGGAAACAAAAAUCCAUCUGUGCUGGAGCUGCUGAUGCUUCCAGACACCAAAGAAACACCCCAGAGCCUGUGAGUAUCGUCCGCUGUGACAGAUCUGCUCCCACAUCACAGGCGGGGAGGUGGCUGCGUGUCACCACUUCAAUGAGGAGUAGGAAGAUGCUUCCAUUCCUCACCUCCAAUUAAAAACAUCCCUUACCCACUGCAAAACCUUGACGGCCUCAUCCCGCUGCCCACAGCUCAGGACAGGGUUGCUCACCCUAUUUUUUACGCCCAGAAAAACACAUGAUGCUACUUCCCAAUUAAAGGGCAGGACUAGCGCACACCAGCUUAAUGGGAGCUAUAGAAAAUGUGGUUUGCAGCCUUGCAGUUUGUACUCCGCCGUUGUUUUAGUAACAUUUCCAGACAACUCAAGCCCUCUCAGAGUUGUACAGCCGUGCAAAGCAGAAGCAGCUCAUGUCAGCUGCCCUUCCAUUUUAAAGUGCAAUAACACCAAGUUGUAUCAGCGUAAACUGCAAGAACUGAGCAAUUCCAAAGGUGUUUCUCAAUCCAGAGUUUUACAGUGAGAUUAGUCUAGAAAAUCGACUUACCUCCAAGAAGUAAAACUAUCCAUGUGGACCUUCUUCCUUGUGCACCACUGGAAUAAAAACUCCAUCAAAGAGCCUUUGGCUCCAACGCAGCAGCUCACCGGGUAGUUUUCAGCAAGUUGAAUUGUACUCAAGCUGGAAACUUAAAUCCUUUUCAAAAAUAUUAAAUUUCACUAUAAAUAAGUACCUUCUGAUUUUAUAAACAGGCUCAAAGCGAUACCCCUUUCUAGUUCUAUUUAUUUGGAGAUGUUUCUGUGAUGAUUUUUUUAACUCUGUACAAACUGAUUGUGCUUAUUCUGUUGCCUUUGAAAAAAAAGAAGUAUUUUUUUAAGCCAAACCAUGGAUCUGUAAGAAAUGAAUGUUUACAUGUUUCACUUUCAGUUGCUCCAGGUACGUGUUUUGUAAGCCGAAAAAUAAAGAUAAUUAUUGAUAAAUUGUA